UAUAUAACUGUUUGUAAAGGCAAUAUAUGUUCAUCACAUCCUCCCAAUAACUUGAAAAUAAUGGAGAGCCAAACCAACAAAUACUUAGCCCUGAUUCUUGUUACAUUCUUGAUCAGUCUAUACUACCAUCCUAUCUCCGCCACACCACAACACGGCCAUGCCCAUUUCGUGCUGGUUCAUGGGGCCGGUCACGGCGCUUGGUGUUGGUAUAAACUCAUACCAAUAUUGAAAUCUCAAGGGCACAACGUAACUGCAGUCGACUUAGCUGCAUCCGGGAUCGAUCUAAGUCGUGCUGAAACUCUCUUGUCGAUCAACGAGUAUAUUGAGCCACUGAUGGACCUAAUGAAUAGUCUAAACAUGGAUGAGAAGGUGAUUCUGGUGGCACAUAGUUUUGGUGGGCUUGCUAUUUCCAAGGCCAUGGAGUUAUUCCAUGAUAAGGUUCACAUGGCUAUUUUCGUUACUGCCCUUAUGCCUGGCCCAACCUUCAAUUUCACGUUUCUUUCUAAAGGGUUGGUGAGGUGGCAAGCUCCACUACUAGACAUGAAGUUUAUAUUUGGAGAUGGGCCUAAUAAACCACCUACACUUUCCAUUGGAGGCCCACUUUUCCUUUCAUUAAAUAUGUAUGACCUGAGUCCUAGAGAGGACGUUGAAUUGGCGGGUGCAUUGGUUCGUCCACAACGUUUAUUCAGCAACGAAGAUACAGACACAAGUCUUGUGCUCACACGCGAGAGAUACGGAUCGGUAAACCGGAUCUUUGUAGUGUCCGAGAAAGACAAAACAUUGAUGAAAGAGUUCCAGCUCUGGAUGAUCAAGAACAAUCCUCCUAACCACGUGGAGCAUAUCCAGGAUUCUGAUCAUAUGGUCAUGAUUUCCAAGCCGUUGGAUCUUGGUGACCGUCUUUUAUCUUUGGCUAAGAAGUUGGCUUGAAAUUUUUUUUUUCUUUUGAGAAAUUGCUUGAAAAUAUUUGACAUUUGAUUCAACAUGUUGUUGCGAGCCCUAAUCGUUGGUUAUCAAGUCUACUAUUCUUAUGUUGCACAAGCCAUCAUGGUGUGAGUAUUUAUAUUUUCGUGUGAUCAUCACUCUGUAUUUGGUUUGACUUUUCAACAUUUGCAACUCCAACUAAAUUAUUUCAUAAAACUAAUCAUAGUAAGUCGGCCACUUGAAUUAGCCUGCCUGCCAUUAUGGAAUAUGGAUCAUGAGAAGGUUAAAUCUAAUGAAUCAAAAUUUAUUGUUCCCUGAAAAACUAGAUGAAAUCAAUCUUAUAAAAAACAAAAUUAAUAUGUAAAUUUAAAAUUGAAAGGAAUUAAAUCCACAAAUCUAUUAACUUGAACAUGGAUAUAUAUUUCAUCUGAGACCUAAUUCGUGUCAAGAACAUGCUCACGAUUCAAAUUCAGUAGUUCUAAAGUUUUGAAGACAUGUUUUCUAGAAACAAAAUUCACGCACCUAAAUAUUGAUUCCCAGCAUUGCUUCUCCAGUGACUCUUUUUUGACAACACAGAAAGUAGUGAUAAUUUCUCUGUAAAACUUUAAUUAUUUGUUCUCAUUCUCUACUUGCAAUGGAUGGAGUUCUUUUUUUUUUUUUUGAAAAAUUGUCAAUAAUAAAUUAGUAAUAAUGUAAGGCAUGAUACAUCUAUAUAUAUAUAAAAGUGUUUGUUUCUCUCACGUUCGUCCACGUAGGAAAGUCAAGCGCUCUCCUGCCGCCACGCGUCCCCCCCCCCUCAAAGCGCAUCGUUUCAUUAAAGAAGAUUCGUUAGUGGGCUUCGUCGCGCGUUAUCUGCUUAGCCGUGAAGAAUAAAGAUUUGACGGGCCCCUUAGAACAGAUGCUCUAUUUGCGUGAGAUUAGUGAUAUGGGCUUCAUUCCCGACGGUUUGCUCGGCCCGGAAUCGCACAUGUGAAACCCUAAUUUCAUCCCGCGAGUCAUCUGUGUUCUUCCGUCUUAUUCGUUUGACGGCGACGAUGACUCUCCACCUUCUCCACGGAUCUGAAACGGAAUACGUUAUCGUCUUUGUGUAUUUAUUCUCAUCAAUUCAGACGCCCACUAUGAGAUCUUCAAUGCGUCGAUCUCGACUCUCAAACGGUGGGAAAUCUGUAUAAAUAUGUGAGUCUUUCUUAUUUGUAAGUCAUCCUCCUCUGAUAUACUGAAUCGUGUUGUUAUGGCAAUUUGGAGAGUUCUUCUCCGACUUGAAGUCCGGCAGGUGCUCCGGCGUCAUUGAGGCUCGGCUGUUGCAGUUCUGGGAGGCGAGAAAUGUGAAGCGCGGUGGCGAGCUCAUGUGGGUUGACAUGCUUCUGGUUGACCUUAAUAGAUGAAGAUUAGAGAGAGAUAACGUUUGCAGAACGUGACACCAUUAUAAUAUUGAAAGAUUACAACUUUUAAUAAAAAAAUUUAAAUCCAAACAAGAAAGGAGCUUCCUUUUCAUUUCCUCUGUUUUUUCCUCUUGACAUGUUCGUGAUUGGUCCGAAACUGACGAGAAAAAAUCAGACAAGAACCCACGAUGUUUGGUAUCCAAAGCAAAAGAGACUUAAGAACGGAGCUCCAAUCCCAAAUCCCCAUCCCGCCCCAGCAUCCACGCCCGACGAGCCAACACCGUCGUCAAAUUCCAGGACCUAUACAGUUUCACGGUGGAAGGAAACGUCGACGACGUCAACGUCUUGAACUAAGUCAGAGAGAAAGUGAGGAGCCAAGGGAGAGUCUGGUGGGCUCUCGAAGCCAGCAAAGGAACUGACUGGUAUCUCCAGCCGGAUAUUCUAUUGAUCGGAGACGGUGGUAUCGCAUUGAAGACGUCACUGAAGAUAUCUGCUUUGAGUAUGCGAUCACGUUGAAGAGGUUGAUUAGGAAAGGGAUACCUCCUGUGCUGAGGCCUAAGCUUUGGUUCUCUCUCUCUCCGGUGCGGAGAAGAAGAAGUCUACUGUUCUGGAGAGUUAUUACAGUGAUUUGACUAAGGCUGUUGAUGGGAUGGUCACGCCUGCUACGCGGCAGAUUGAUCAUGUGAGUUUGGUCUCCGUCUAAAGUCUGAUCCUUUGAAUACAAAUGUAGAUGCUCAUCAUUUUCUUUUAACGUAUUAUCUUAUUUGCAAUACGGUUGUUUCACUAGGUAGAGCCAGAAUCAAUAUGAGAUACUCAAACUUUAUGUAGACAGCAAUUAUUUUAUUUUGAAUUUUGGUAGAUUAUAAUACAAUUAAUUCCUCCAUCUUUUUGAGGAAACAACUA